AUGAAUAUAGAAGUUUUCAAAUUGAGCUUGUUUUUGUUUCCGUGUGUUCUGCUAGCAGCUGCCAGCGAUGAUUCGAUAACGUGUUACAGUGUACUAAAGCUACUUAAUGCUAGAGAUGGAUCAAGGCUACACUCUCAUGAUGUGAAGUAUGGUAGCGGAAGUGGACAGCAAUCGGUAACGGCCGUGAAAAAUUCGGACGAUAUAAAUUCACAUUGGCAAAUUUUUCCAGGUCUUCAAAAAACGUGUAAUCGUGGCGAUCCAAUUAAAUGUGGCGAAACAAUUAGGCUCAAACAUCUGACUACUGGAAGGUUUUUGCACUCCCACGAUUUCUCAGCUCCUUUAUCAAAAUCUCAUCAGGAAAUAUCCGCAUUCGGUAGUGAAGAAGAAAGCGAUUCGGGCGAUGAAUGGCUACUGAUGUGCAAUGAAGACGAAUGGACUGAAGAAGAGCAGGUGAAACUUAAGCACGUUGUCACUGGUGCUUAUCUCUCAUUAUCUGGACAACAGUACGGAAGGCCAAUUCAUGGACAACGCGAAGUUGUCGGCACAUCAGACGUCACUGCUGGAAGCUCCUGGAAGGCUGCUGAAGGCAUUUACAUAAUGAACAAAGAAUAA